ACGGCAAAUACAUAUACACACAUAUAUAUAUAUAUAUAUAUAUAUAUACACACACUAAAUGGCCAUGGUACGUCAUCAGCCACGUUAAUGGUCGCUGAUGCUAGCAAGCUAGAUUUCUAAAACCGCUUUAAUAUGUAGGGUGAAGCUUGUGGUUGCCUAGACACAGCAGCACUCAAAUCCCCACUCCGCAAAAAAAAUCUACAGCUAGCCUUGCCUUGCUAGCAAGAUUGCUAAGUGGUCUUGGAUAUUUGUGAAGGUUUGGAUGUUUGUAUAAUGGAACACGUCGGAAUGGUCAUUGCAGCCUGAAAACCUGCCCGCCACUAAAGCAGCCCAUAACAUGCUAUUGGUACUAGGAACAGUUAUAAUGACAAAACAUAGUUAACGAGUUAUAAGAUGAUCAGACUGGCCACAACUGGUCAAAGUAUUCCUUCAACCUUGGUGUGAUUUCGUAUCCGUGGGAACUUGGACUCCUCAGCGUUAAUAGGGAGACUCGAGUUUCACUUCCCUGUCCGAUGGCGUUCUGCUUGGCUGAGCUUCACUGCUGGUCCUCCAGGAGUGUCCUGCAAGUCACAGACACAGAUAUUGGCACCUAUCAGUACUAUGAGAAAGGAGAGGCAGGUAAAUAUCGUCACUGUUUGUUGGACCCCUCAACCGAGCACCACCAACACCACCACUACUACAAAGAGAAAAGGGUCUUCUCUGAAUCUCGCGGCUACUCAUGGACUCCCAGGAACCGCCGUCCAGAGAAGCUUCGUGAUUCGCUGAAGGAGCUUGAGGACCUGUUGCAGACCAACUCAGUUGUUCACUCCAGAUGGAAGACCAAGCAUUGCUGUCAGCUGGCGCUGAGCAGUGGAGUCCUGGUGACUCUGACCCUGAACGGAUCCCAGUUGGACCGGGUGUGUGUCGACAGGACGCUGGUGGGCCGUCUUCCCGCUGACACUGUUAGCAGUGCGGUGCUCUCUGAUAGAAUGCUGCUCUUGUCGUUCGUGGAGAGGAACCAGGUGUGCAUUGUCUACCUGAACAGGAAGAACCAGAGCUCCUCCCCCGAUGCCAGCCGACCACCAGACAAACUGUCCCCUUCAGAGAUCAAGGUGUUGAGUGUGGAGGUGUGUGCUGGGCCAGGCCGUAGGCUGGGCAGGCGUGUGGGUCUGAACCUCCUCCUGGACGUUGCCGUGUGUUGGUGGCCUUUGGCAAGCCCGGACCAGUGGCCCUGGACCCCGAACACACACACCGACAACCUAACCCUGCUCAGCUGCUCCAGUACUGAGGGCCUCAAGGUGCUGAGUUCCAUGCGGACCGGCGGGGAUCCAUUGGAUGUCCGCUUCAGCCUCUUGCAGCCUUACCACCUCCUGUCUGUGGAGCUGCCUGAAGGACCCCAAGUAAACCCCCGAGGACCCCACGCCGACGGUCCCGGGGCGUCCUGGGCGGACGCCUGCGUGUACGAGUGUGCCCGCGGGCGCCUCCAGCGCCUUUCCGUGACCCGGAUUCCCCUCUCGUCGCGCCCCAUCUCCUGCAGCCGUCACCCGUCGGAGAGCGCCCUGCUCCUGGGGCUUGGGGACUCCUCGCUGGUGCUCUACGAUGAGAGGAGGGGCGUGACGCUGCUCGCCCCCUGCCCCGUCCCGCCCAGCCUGGUGGCCUGGCAUCCUGCGGGGGGUUUGGCGGUGGUGGGGGGAGGUCAGGGAGAGGUCAUGGGCCUGGACGUGGGCUUGGGUCCGCUCGGUUUGACCCUGGUGGGGGAGGACCCGGCCCCAGCCGCCCCCACCCUGAGGCUGGCCCAGCACCUGCGCUGCCCUGGGGGCCUGGAGGGGCUGCAGUGGGCUGGGGGGUCCGGGCCGGGCGGCGGCACGGAGGGAGUGGAUACGCUGAUGCUGACCUUCCACCGAGGGCCGCUGGUCGCCAUGGCGCUCAGACUUGGUGCUCUGUCAGGAGGUCAGCUUGGUCCAGAGGUGCUGUUGCAGCAGAGGUUACGCUGCUGUCAGGUGGACCAGGCGCUAGGCAUUCUGGGAGCCAUGGAUUGGAGCACCAUGGGAAGUGAGUGUUACCGGGCACUGAUCUCCAUCACAGACCACCUACUGAGGCUGGAUCUGAACCAGACCAGAGAAGUCCAGUUGGAGGCAGCUUUGGGCGUUUUCUAUGCGCCGACACGCCCCCUCUCUGACACGGUGGUUCUAGAAUACAGGGAGCCAAUCAGCAAGUAUGCCCGACGCUUCUUCCACCAUCUGCUCAGACACCAGCGCUUUGAGAAGGCUUUCCUGCUCGCGGUGGACAUUGGCGCUAGAGACCUGUUCAUGGAUCUCCAUUAUGUGGCCAGCGAUAAGGGGGAGGUGGUCCUGGCGGAAGUAGCCCAGCGGAAAGCUAAUGAAAUAGACGCGGAUGAAGCCAAUACAACCACGCCGGGAAACCGUGGAGUUCUAGGUGAGCCACCGUCCACACCGCGAGGGAGACCUGGGCCGUGUGGCGCAACAUUGGGGGACGGACGAACCGAGCGGCCGAGCCCAACGACGGGCGGACGGGUGGACGCGGCCCCAGCUGGGCCUGGCUCACAGGAAAGCAUUUCGUCCCGCCAGGCUGUAAGGACUAGUAGGAGCUGGCCGGUGGAGGAGAGCUAUGCUGGGAACUUGAGUCCUGAUGUGGCAAUGCUUUGGAGACAAACAGAUAUUAGAAUGAUUGACAGAGAUGACAAAGUAAGUGCUGUCCAUUUAUAUUCAUCGCAGAACCAUGAUUUUACAGGAUUUGGAUCAAUAGCAGGCCUUGGGUUGCAUAAUAUUAAUUGUAAAAAAAAACACAAAUUUCUCUGCAUUCCUGGUCGGUUCUGACUUUUCAUGGCCCAGGGCCAGCGGGGUGUCCUAGUGUAUACACCGUCUGACCUGUCAGCGAAAGGUCGUUCAUCGAAUCCCCAGCCAGGCAAUCUGUCGUAUCCCCGUCUCGUUCUGGCUGUGAAGGAAGUUGACUGUAAUUGUUGAAAAUGUGAAUGUGUUCCCAGUCAUACUUGACAUGGAAAAAGAAGCCUUGCAUGCAGUCAGUUUGUCAAGGCCUUCCACUGACCCCCCCCCCCCCCCCCC